AUGGCGACCGCCGCCGACGUUGGAGUAGGUGUGGCGAGACUCAGCAAAGCGUGCACUGAGUGUCACUCGCGCAAGGUCAAGUGCGAUGCGCCUAUUGUCGGGAUACCCUGCGGCCGAUGUGUCAGCAAGGGAUGCUCCGAGAGUUGCAAGUUGGUCUCUCGCCAGAUACGAAAGAGAGAAUUCUCGUCGAACCAUGCUUUAGUGGACUCUUCAACCUCUUCCAAUCCAAUCGUGCCGCCGUCUUCCAUCCGACGCACCCACGGUUCCCAUUGUCUUGGUGAAUUUGGGAAGACGAGCUCGAUAGGUUCAGGCCGCGCGCCCGAAAAUAUACGAGACGUCUAUGCACUCCCGCAGGCCCAAGCAGAAUACAACGGAAGGAGUCAUUAUCUUAGUAUAUUGAAGACGGCGAUGAAUGGCAGUGAGACGGGUGAAAGUCCCGGGCUCGGGUCUACUGCCAACAGCUCCACCGAUAACACUCCUCUCUACCCAGAAAACACACAGGUCGGCAUGUCUGGUUUGGAUCCGGUGGAUCUAGAGUUUCUUACAGUCCUAACAAGUGCUACUCUCUACGUGCCGACUGAGCUCCUCACCUCGUGUGGAUACUCAAACGUCACAGAGGCGCAGACAGCAUUUUUCAACAAGGCAUUGCUACUACACGACUUUCAAUGCGAGAAGAGUCAACUAUGCCUGCUUCAGGGAUCCCUCAUCCUAGGCACAACUGCCUUCUUCUACCCCAUCGACCGAGAUGUUCAGUACUGGUUCUUCAAUGCCGUCCGGCUUGCCACGAAAUUGGAACUCCAGAAGCUUAUGCCUCUGGUCAGCGACAAGAAGAAGCUGCCAGCGUUGCCAACGGCGGAAGAUUGGGAAGUUCAGAGUGACAACAUAAACACCCUGUUCCCUUCCACGGUAACUCGUGAACAAGAGCUUCACUUCAUUGAUUACUGCAAAUUGUCUGUGCUAGGAAGGAAAUGGCUUGUUGGAAUAUCCGACCCAGAUCAGUUCAACGCUGAAACCAUGGCUCACGAGUUUCAUAAUUGGAGAAGUCAGCUUCGAGGAGCAAUCUACGCAGACCACCACCUCACCGAUGGCCCCUACAUCACGGCCCUAACCGCAGCCAGUUACAGGUUCGAGUGUAUCUUGUACAGGACUCUCAAGCUUCAUUGGAAGUCUAUUGAUGUUUCCCGGUACGACUGGGUACGAGGUCGACUUCGAUGCUCUAUGUUUGAGCUUGACACGCUGUUCGGCAGAGCACUUGCAAAUGGCGAACUUAGGAGCCUGCCCAUGUCGUUGUGCGUCUCCCCCACAGAGAGUCCCAAAAUCGAGAAUGAACGACUAACGAUUGAGCCUGGAAGCAAUUCCAAUAUACCAAUAGCACUGGCCCUCCACAUAGAGACCGCCUUGGAUGCCACCGAGUCGAACGCAACCAAGUCCAUGUCGCUCAUCUACAUUCGUCAAGGAUUGCUCAUUCUCGAACAGCUUCAGGACUCACCAGUCAUGAAGAGGGUAUUGUCCAUCUUUGAGUGGGCGUUAACUCGGUUGGAUUUAAUCCCCGAGGUUUCUCAGGACAAGCAACUCUGUGGCGGUGUUCGUGCUGGCAGUGACCAGGAUGGGUUUGUGGACCAGGUGGGAACCUCGACGGGUCAGGAACUUGGAGAAAUGCUCGAUCAGAUGGAGCCGUGGUUUGGUGAUUUCCUCGGGCUUGACUUCCUCGAUAACUUGAGGUCGGGCGGCGAUAGAGGAUAG